UCUCUUGCAAAGCAAUGUCUAAGUUGAGGGGCUCACCUCAAAUUGCGAUCUCGUUGUGAUAAGAUAUUUAUUUGCCUUCCUUUUUACCUUUCCCAAAUUUCAAAUUCAUUGGGACGGUGACGAUGAUGAUGAUGACUGUGCAUGAGUUAGUUAACCAAUGAAGCAAUUUCCUAACCGUGGGUUAAAAAACAGUUUUAACAGGAAAAAGAAUAUUCCACGACCUCCAUCGGAUCCAACCCUAGACGCUUCUCCCAAAAAGUAGCAAUACAUUGUACACUCAAGCUGCCCAAAGGGAGAAGAGAAGUCGCCAUUAACAAUACGUUCCUUUUCUCGAUAUCCAAUCAUCUCUUCCUCGCUUCAACAUUCAACAAUGGCCGCCAUCACAACCCGCCUGAUAAAACCCUCAAAGUCAAAGCUAUCUACAUUUUCUUCUCUUUGGAAAUCGAUGACUACUUCCACCUCUCUUACUUCUUCAUCAGAUCUCAACAAUUCCAGAAAUAUUCAGUGGGUUUUCUUGGGUUGUCCUGGUGUCGGAAAGGGAACUUACGCUAGUCGUCUUUCUUCUCUUCUCGGUGUUCCUCAUAUCGCUACUGGUGAUCUUGUUCGUCACGAGCUUUCUUCUAAUGGUCCCCUCGCUCAUCAGCUUACAGGUGUCAACCAAGGGAAACUAGUAUCUGAUGAAAUAAUUAUUGCCUUGUUAUCUAAGAGGCUUGAAGCUGGAGAAGCGAGAGGUGAAUCGGGUUUCAUUCUUGAUGGUUUUCCGCGUACAAUCAGACAAGCAGAAAUUUUGGAAGGGGUAACGGAUAUAGGUUUGGUUGUUAAUCUGAAACUACCAGAGCAAGCUUUGAUCGAGAAAUGCCUCGGCAGAAGGAUAUGUGGCCAAUGUGGUAAAAACUUUAAUGUUGCAUCCAUUAAUAUUGAGGGUAAGAAUGGGAAGCCUGGAAUAAGUAUGGCUCCACUUAUGCCCCCUCCACAAUGUGCUUCCAAGCUGAUCACCCGAGCUGAUGAUACGGAACAAGUAGUGAAAGAGCGACUUCGUGUAUACAAUGAGAAGAGCCAACCACUGGAAGAUUUCUAUCGCAGUCGUGGCAAACUAAUGGAGUUUGACCUACCAGGAGGCAUCCCAGAAUCCUGGCCAAAGUUAUUAGAAGCUCUCAAUCUCGAUGAGCAGGACGAAAAGCUCUCAGCAGCUGCAUGAUAUAUUUUUUUAACCUCAAAGACUUGUUUGUUGAUUUUUUGCAUGAUCUGAAGCAUGCCAAACAAUUUUGUUAGUGGCAAGAGGAAUAUGUUAGGAACAAUUUUUAAUUUAAACGCGCGAUGCUACCGUGGCGGAUGCCUGGCAAGGUCUUGUACUAUAAAGGUUGAAGAGAUAGUCACACAUAACAUAGCUAAACCAGCUCACAGACUCGCAGCCUGUCAUUUUUUUCUAAGCUCAAUUUGAUUCGGGAUCGAGUAUAUGAAUGUAACAAGUGUUGAUUUGACAAUAAUGUUUCUUUGUUAUCUUUAAUUGCAGCUGUUAACGAGCAUUUUAUCUUUUUA